GACAUGGCCCCUUCUGUACAGGCCCCUUCUGUGCAGGCUCUCCACCUCCUCCUCCUCUUUCUUUCAAACACUUAGUGCAUUUAGAGCCUGAUCUUGUGCAGAAAAUAUCCCUGACAUUUGAAGAGCUCCAGGGAUUCACUGAGCAUGCUCAGUCCUCCCCGCCUGAUAGAGAGAGGAAGCUGGUUUACAUACGAGUCAUACCAAGCAUAGCCUGCAUGUCAGUGCAGUUAACUUGCAGCGGGCUGUGAGGAGAACUAGUGUGUCUUUGUCCUAGGAAAUUUCCCUUGUUUCUGUUUUUUCUUCCCCCCUCCCCCCACCCCUUUUUUUUUUUUUUUAAAUUGGAAAAAGACUUGAAAAGUUUUCAGACAGUCUUCUUUGUACUGAAGGACACAAUAUACUUGUAGUUUGCAGAAGUUUGGAAGGGAGCGUGUGUGUUUUAAUCCCUCCAAUUUUCCUUUAAUAUACUUUGUUUUGAUUAGCUGAAGGCUGGGCCUUGUGCUAGUGAAGUUUAGGGAGCCGGGAGCUUACUCGGCACCAUUUGCCUGGCUUACUUCUCCCUGAACCUGGGCGAAAGCAAACAAGCUGGUCUUUUUGCUAGCCCGAUAAAUGCUAUUUAUGAAGAUGGACCUGUUGAACUACCAAUACUUGGACAAGAUGAACAACAAUAUUGGCAUUCUGUGCUAUGAAGGUGAAGCAGCUCUAAGAGGUGAGCCCAGAAUGCAGUCUCUUCCAGUAUCCUCUGCUCUAACCAACCAUCGAACAGGCCCUCCUCCUAUCAGCCCCAGCAAGAGAAAGCUCAGCAUGGACCAAGGGGAUGAUGAGCUAGACUGUGAAAAUGAACAUGUUUCUAAAAUGAGUCGAAUGUUCAAUCCACAUCUAAACAAGACUGCCAAUGGAGAUUACCGGAAGGAGCACAGAGAGAGGAGUCGCAGCCCAAUAGAGAGGGCUGCUGCCCCAACAAUGAGCCUUCAUGCCAAUCACGCCAUGUACGCCUCAAUCCCAAGCUUGACCAUGGAUCAACCUCUAGCACUGACCAAAAACAGCAUGGAUGCAACCCGAACAGUCGGCAUCACACCUACACUGACUUCUGUGGAACGGCAGCAGAACCGUCCAUCCGUAAUUACGUGUGCUUCUGCCAACAACCGGAACUGCAACCUCUCCCACUGCCCCAUUGCUCACAGCGGCUGCGGUUCGGCAGUGCCUGCUUACAGAAGACCCUCUAGCACUACCACUGCCUGUGACCCAGUGGUGGAAGAGCACUUCCGCCGAAGCCUUGGCAAGAAUUACAAGGAGCCUGAGCCAGUGGCAAACUCUGUGUCCAUCACAGGAUCAGUUGAUGACCACUUUGCCAAAGCACUUGGGGAUACAUGGCUUCAGAUUAAAGCUGCGAAGGACGGAGUGUCCAGCAGUCCUGAGUCUGCUUCACGGCGGGGCCAGUCUUCCCCUUCCUCCCAUAUGGUCAAUCAUAAUCACUCGCCCUCUGUAGUCUCAUGAAGAGAGGACCGUUACGUUUGUGAAUUUGCAUGGUUUGACUGAGCUUUGAACAGUGCUUAAAAUAGUGUUGGGGGAGGGGAGAUUAGUUUUCAACACGUUUUUUUUUGUGUACUCACUUUUUAUUUGUAAAAGGGUGCCCUUUAAAGAUGAUAGCAGGAACUAUUUCAUAAAGAUUCAUAUGAUGUAGCAUCCUUUUUUCCUGCCUCAAUUACCAAAGAAACCUCUGAUGCAAAUCUGCUGCCCCUUAAAAAAUGCACGCUAAUCCACAAAAGCCAUUACACAUAGUUGGUUGACCCAAAUGCUUUUUGCUUGUACUAGCUUCUUGAGACUAGAAUUUGUCUGGUUUGCUUACAUUGCUUUUUUUUUUUUUUUUUCCCUCUGUGAAGUAAUUUUGUAUGUAUAUACUUGAAAAGAACUGUCAUGUAUGAUUUGCACUAUUGGAGGAGGACUGAAGUUGCAUAGCAACUUUCUGGUAAGAUGCUAAUAUUUUGAGGGCAAACUGCUGAAAAAAGGGUUUAAGGAUGACAUUUCUAUCAGUUUGAUUUUUCUUAAAGCAAAACAGCUUUGGAAGGGGAAGUCUCAUACAGGUUAUAGGUCUUUCUCUCUUUAGAUUUCAGGUGCUUAGUGCUUGCAACUGGACUGCAUAAUUUACAGAACACGGGCAUUUUUUCCUAAACACUGCAGUUUGUUAGAAUAGAGCUGAGGUUGGAGGGUUCAAUAGUGCUUAACGAUGCAUGUUUUAUGAAAAAUAGCUGGUAUCUAUUAAUGUAUAGACAGUAAGAAUCAUAAUACUUAUUAGCUUUUCUUCAGAAUUAGUUUAUUUUUGUCAGUAACAAUCCUAGAUAUACUUACUGCUGGUACAGUUGUACUCUAUGAUAUUUGUAUUUGAUAUUCACUUUAGUAGCAGCCAGCAAAAGAGGACAGCCUCAGGACAGGCCUCAAAUGACGCAGUUUAGAAAUAUAUGAUGCGUGGUACAGGAUGCUAUAGCUUUGCGCAUGACUAAGUAAUUGUUUCUGUCUGCAGCACUGUCUGCUUAACAGGAAUUUGCUUCCUAAAACUAAGUCUGUGUAAUCCACCUUUAACUAGCUGCAGAAACUGCUACCGUUACGUAUCUUGGCUGGACAACAGAUUGUUACAGUUCGUGAAAUAUGAUCUUUAAUUUUUGUAAGCUUAUUCAUAAACCUAUGCCAAGUUGCAGCAUACAUUCCUCCAUUAGAAAACUUUAUACAGGUAUUACUGCAUUUAUUAUCAUUUGCUAUAUUAAUAGCUACUAACUAGAAAUUAGGCAAUAGAGGCAGGCAUAAAAACCACAGCUGUGCUAGUACUAAGAGCUUCUCUUCUUCUUGUUAAGUAUAACUACUCUCCCCCAUACAUUCCAUCUUCCCAGUACAGUUGCAACUAGGGCUUUUUUUUUAUACUGCGUUACCUGAAAUGAGUGGUUCAGUGUGGAAAGUUAGAACUAGUUGAAAGAUGAACUACAUGUGAUGUAUUAUGGACUGUGUUACAGUAUUGGGUCCAUUGUGGCUUUUAUUUUAUGGGUUUUUUAAAGUUAAGCUAUUUAAUUUGGAAAAGGUGCAGGGUAGAAAGAUCAGGAGAUUGGCUCUUACUCUUGUUGAGAAGGUGGCUGCUCAAUUUUCUUUAAAAAAUAAAAAAAAAGGCAAAAAAAAAAAACCCUAAGCCCCCAGUUUUACACAUUUCACUACCAUCUUACUGGGUAGUCAACGCUUACUUGCUUUGGCAUUCAGUACCCUACUCUCUGUAGGAAGAUUGUUAAAAAACACUUUUUUAUAUAGGUAACUUUAAGACCAUCGUUACGCUGUGCGUAAAGAAUGUACAGAGAAAUUUGUAGGUAUUUUUUGAGGAACAAUUAAUUUGUUAAUGAUAUGUAGCUAUUUAAUUUUUCCCUUUCCUUUAUUGUAAUCAUUCAUUUUUUUUUGUUUGGAGAAAAAAGUUGAUCUUUUUUUUGUUGUAGAUUUGUCUGUAAUACAGUAAAAGUGCAGGAACACAGUUAUUCUAUGAGAACACUGCAUUAGCAUUAAUAGCCACUAGUUUGUUAUUGCUACAGGCUACUGAGCAUUAUAACAGUAAAAUACUAAUACUGUAGAUGGACUCUGUGGAAAAUGUGACUCCUAUAUUUCUUUGUAAACACAAAUAAGAUAAUGUUUUUAAAGCUAAUAUUUUCAAUAAUAGCUGUUUUACAAGGUUACAUUUACUUAUCUGAGAUAGGUAAAUGGAUUUGAGGGCAAUAAAGAUUUAAUGUGAUAUGUCCAGUAAAACAUAUAUUAAAGACAAUAAUGCCAUGAAAGCCAAAGGGUUGGGGGGAGGUGGAAGGAAACUAAACUGAACUCACCAUCACGACGUGGUGAAGUUUCUUCACAGAGCCAGGUUAUCUACAGUUCAGUUGGAAAGAUUCUCUCUGUGUUUGUAAAUCUGUAAUAUACCAUUCUUUUGUGGCCUUGUUUCACCUGGAAAAAAAAAAGGUUUGGCAGGCCAUCUUUUUUUUUGUACUUAAAAGUAGCCUUAAAGAACAAUAAAGUGCUCUUAAAUCACA